CGGAGUAUUUCAGUUAACCAUUUGUUUGAUUCAAAAGCCAUAUUUUAUACACAUUUUAACCUGUUUAUUUAUGAGUAAUUUGACAGAAGAGUAAACGAAUCAAUAACGAGAAGCAGAGAGCUUCAGUCUUCUUCGCCGUCGGCGUGCCAGACCGGAAACCCGAUCGACGACUGCUGGGGGUCUUGCGACCCGAACUGGGCGAACAACCGGCAGAGGCUGGCUGAUUGCGGCAUUGGGUUCGGGAAAAAUGCGGUGGGCGGGAAAAGCGGGCUGAUGUACAUGGUAACCGACUCAUCGGACGACUACGACCCCAAAAACCCGACACAGGGCACUCUCCGGCACGCCGUGCUUACAGAGGGGGCGGUGUGGAUCACAUUCCAGGGAGACAUGGUCAUCAAUCUCAAGCACGAGCUCUUCGUCACCAGCGACACCACCAUCGACGGCCGUGGGGCGAACGUGCAGAUCACCGGCGUCGGCUGCAUCACACUCCUGUCCGUCACCAACGUCAUCAUCCACAACCUCCUCAUCUACAAUUGCAAGCCGUCGCCGGAAAACGAUGUAUUGCAGGUGAACCAGCAGCUCACCGAGAAGGUGUCCGGGUCGGACGGCGACGGGAUAUCCGUUCAAAAAUCGAGAAAUGUGUGGAUCGACCAUUGCAUCCUAGCGAAUUGCGCCGACGGGCUGAUCGACGUGACCCAGGGAUCCACCGCCGUCACCGUCUCCAACAACCGCUUCACCCACCACGACAAGGUGAUGCUUCUGGGACACGAAAACUUCGACAAGGACGACAUCGGGAUGCAGGUGACCGUAGCGUUCAAUGUGUUCGGGGAAAUGCUGGGGCAGAGGAUGCCGAGGUGCAGGACAGGGUACUUCCACGUGGUCAACAACGACUACACGGGGUGGGCUAUUUACGCCGUCGGCGGGAGCGGCAGCCCUACCAUCAAUUGCCAGGGCAACCGUUUCACGGCGCCGGCGAACCCUAAUGCUCGGGAGAUAACAAAGCGAAUCGUACAACCAGGAAAGGAGGAUUGGAAAAACUGGAAUUGGAGGUCAACGGAUGAUGUACUCAUCAAUGGGGCAUACUUUGUACGUUCCGGCGAGCAAUCCGACAGUGGAUACAAACAAGCGACCAGCUCAGUCAACGUCAAGUCCGGCAGCCAGGUGGACCAGUUGACAGGCAACGUCGGAGUCCUUGCUCUCACGUCAAAUGGGCUUACCGGUGGGGGAAGUGGGGUGGUGAACAGCAUCCCCGGCAUCAACCAAAUUGACCCCAACACCUUUGUAUACGAAGGCGGCGCUCCAACAGAUAACGGCGCUCCAACAGACAACAACUCUUCAUCUAAAACUCCUAUUAUUAUUAUUGUUGUUCUUCUUGUUCUUUGUGGUGGUUGUACUUUGUAUUUCAUUGCACGUAAGAAAAAAUAAAAGUAGUUGAUAGAAAAGUUAUUACUUUUGAUAACC